AUGGUCCACAACACCCCAGUCUUGUCGGACCGAACUCCGCACGACAGAUUAAAGGCCAACAAUGGAGACCCUUGGAUAGAUAAUGGAUCUAGAAUAUCGAGAAAUGACAGUGAAAAUUCAAAAGAAAAGCUAGCUCAUGCCCCAGACUUAAAGGAUUAUCGACUAGGUGAAUGUUUAGGUAGAGGAGCUUUCGGUUCGGUCUACAAAGCUUUCAAUUGGGGUACGGGUGAAGCAGUGGCUGUCAAAAAAAUAAAAUUGGGUGACUUGCCCAAAAGCGAAUUGCGUAUGAUAGAGGCAGAAAUCGAUCUCCUUAAGAACUUAAAUCAUGACAAUAUUGUCAAAUAUCUUGGCUUCGUUAAAUCAUCAGAUUGUCUGAAUAUUAUACUAGAGUACUGUGAGAACGGCUCUCUACAUUCGAUAUGUAAAAGUUAUGGCAAGUUUCCUGAAAAUCUUGUUGGGGUAUACAUGGGUCAGAUUUUACUUGGACUCCAGUACCUCCACGAUCAAGGUGUCAUUCAUCGUGAUAUUAAAGGUGCAAAUAUUCUCACGACAAAGGACGGUAAAGUUAAGCUAGCAGAUUUCGGGGUCUCAACUAGUACGUUUGCUGGAGCAGAUAAAGAAGCACAGGUAGUGGGUACACCGUACUGGAUGGCACCAGAAAUUAUCCAGCUAUCAGGUGCAACACCUGCCUCUGAUAUCUGGAGUCUCGGAUGUACCGUUAUCGAGUUGUUAGAGGGAAAACCACCCUAUUAUAAACUUGCACCUAUGCCAGCAUUAUUUGCUAUUGUUAAUGAUGAUCAUCCACCCCUUCCUGAAGGUGUUUCUCCUGCAGCUCGUGACUUUCUCAUGCAAUGCUUUCAAAAAGAUCCCAAUUUAAGAGUCUCUGCCAGGAAGCUUUUGAAACACGCAUGGAUCGUGGGGUCUAAAAGAAUUGAUGCCCCAGUAGCUAAGCCACCUGCAAACUUUAGUGAGGCGGUUGAAGAAGUCAAGCAAUGGAACGAAGCACUGAGAUCCCCGACCAGUGCUGGACCGCUGAGUGCUUCUAAAAGGACAAAGAAUACUAUCCCUAUGUUUCUGAGAAGGGAGCAUGCAUUUAAGAACAUGAAUAACGAGCAACAAAUUUUGGGGAUCAAUACGCAUAACAAAGGAUUUCUGCGACUGGCACAACAGAAAAAUCACGCCGAAGCAUUUCGUUCACCUGACAGCAAAACUGAUGACAAUUGGGACGCUGAUUUUACUUCAGCUAUUUCCCCUAGCGCGUUAACUCUACCUCAGUUCAAACCACAUGAUAACUUUGGUGGGUUACUUUCGACAGAUCGUCUCAAAUCUUUCGCUUCUUUUGAAUUGGCAAAUGAUAAAAGCGAUAACUGGGAUCACAACUUUGAAGGGGAACUACUAACAAUUAAAUAUCCCGGCCCAGCACACGACUCCGAACUACACGAACUUGAGACGAUUCGGCCAUAUCACGCGGGACUUAACACCUACAAAGAACCUGUAAAUAUCUUUCGACAGAGCCACUAUAUCAAAUCCCAGGAUUCUCAAGAGUUACUACAUGAUGACUACUCUACGACUUCCCAAAAAGAGAAUCAGGUAAUACUGUCAAAGCGUUCGCCAGUCUCAUACCAAGAUCCACUAGCUGAUCAAUUAACUCAACUCCGCGAUGAGGAUGAAACCAUUUUUUAUGAUGAGGCCAAAAUCAAUAAGAUAAAGAACGAGACAUCAUCUACAAAAUUUUCCCAUCCAUCUGAUUUUAUGAGAUUACCCCGCUCAGCAAAUUUCACUGCUAGCAAUGACAGCAACAUUAAUUUUAGACUAAACAACAGCAAAAGCGAGGAGCGAGACUUCCACCGUAAGCUAUACUCGGUUGAAAUUCAAAAAUUCGCCGAAGAUGAAGGCGAUGAAGACUUCUCGGACGUCUUUGCCCAUGACUUGUCCAUUGUUGCCAAAGAUGAUAGCGACAGGGAUUCUGAAAAUGGAGUUAGAAUGCUAACGUUACAUUCAAAGUUCUCUAGUAAUUCCUGGCUUGGCGACGAAGACGAUGAAGAUGACCCCUUUGCUACACUGGAACAGUCAUUUGACGAAAUGGAUCUACAAGCUAAUAUUGCAAGAGAUAAACAUGCUAGACUUUGUACGCUAGUAGAGAGCUUAGUUGGGUCAUUGAAAGUUACUGAAGAGCAUGAUCUCAUCUCUGACGUUUCUGCACAGCUUCUCAAUGUUCUUUCCGAGUCUGAAGACGCAAAAUCCCUCAUAAUAAGCGCACACGGAAUGCUUCCAAUUCUCGAGAUUCUUGAACCGUGUACCGUCAAGAGUCGCCAAAGUAUGAUUCUGAGGCUACUUCAGGUAGUAAAUACUAUAAUCUUUGACAAUGUUGAGAUUCAAGAAAAUUUGUGCUUUGUCGGAGGCAUACCGAUUAUAACAAAAUUUGCUGCAAGACAAUACUCAAAUGAGAUCCGUCUUGAAGCUGCUGCAUUUGUUAGGCAGAUGUAUUCAACCUCAACGCUUACUCUACAGAUGUUUGUAAGUGCUGGAGGUCUUAAUGUUCUGGUCGAAUUUCUAGAUGAGGACUUCGACGAGUCACGGGACUUAUUGCUCAUUGGGGUCAAUGGCAUAUGGAGUGUCUUUGAGCUUCAGGGUCCGACUCCUAAAAAUGAUUUUUGCCGUAUAUUUUCUCGGAGUAAAAUUCUCUCUCCUUUGGCGUUGGUUUUAGACAGAGUACUCCGUGAGGAUGAUGAUCUUUCAGAGCUUGUACAAGGGCGAAUUGUCAACAUAUUUUACCUAUUCUCACAAGCCGAAAAUUAUGUCAAGGAAGUUGUAGCAGAUCGUGUUGUUAUCAAAAGGGUGUUGAAAGAUUUGGGACGAAUGACACCAAUCCAUCAAAUUACAAUGUUAAAGUUCAUUAAAAAUCUGUCCAUGUUGUCAACUACGCUUGACAGCUUACAUGCGGCCAAUGCUAUAGAGAUACUAAUUGAUUUGCUCAGCUCUAGCAUGAAGGUAAAACCAGCUCAUUUUCGGGAAAUCUCAAAUCAGGUUCUCAAUACCAUGUACAACCUCUGUCGGCUAAGUAAGGUACGUCAAGAAGAUGCUGCAAUAAAUGGAAUAAUUCCAUUGCUUCAGCGUAUUAUGAAGACCGACAGACCACCUAAAGAAUUUGCUCUCCCAAUUUUAUGCGACCUUGCUCAUUCCGGAAAAGUAUGCCGAAAAUACUUAUGGCAGAACAAAGGCCUCCAAUUCUAUGUUUCAUUACUCGAGGAUCAAUACUGGCAGGUUACAGCAUUGGAUGCUAUCUUUUUCUGGCUUCAAGAGGAGACCGCUAAGGUAGAAAAGUAUUUGCUCGAAGGAAACUUCAUUCAAGCCAUUGUUGAUUGUUUCAAAGCCUCAAAAUCAUGUGCAUUUGAUAACAACCUCUUGGAACCUCUUCAAAAACUUCUACGUUUGAGCUCGCCAAUUUCUGUGUCCCUAUCUAGACCAGAAUUAUUCUCCGGUAUUCAGCAAAAGCUUAAUCACAAAAAAGCAGUAGUGCGACUAAAUUUGCUACGUAUUGUUCGGAGCAUUAGCGACCCUAGUGACGACAAAUCAUUUAGCAUUAAAGAUCAUGACUUGUUUGCAGCCAUACAACGUCUGGCUGAGAAUGACGCUGCCGUAUUAGUUCGUAACAUGGCAAGUGAGCUAGUCAAAGCAAACCUAGCCAAAGGCGUUGAUGCUGGGGGAACUUGUAGACCUCAGUCUCGCCAGAUCAGACGAACAUUUACGCCACCAUCUCUACAAGUCUCACAAGUACCUAAUGCACCGUCUCAUGUCGGCCAGAUGUCUUCCCCCUCCAGUUUCAUGGGAGAUAGUAUCACGCCAAGACGAAUGAAAAUCCGGGAUUGUAAUGAAACUACUCUGCAUAACGCGAGGAAAAUAGACGAGGGUCAAAUCCAGGCUUCUCGGAGAGCGGGCAUAGAAAAUUUGGCCAUCGGUGCUUCCAAUAAAAGCCGUCUUCCUCGAACAUCUAUGGGCCUACGUGCUUCUCGCUUCACCAAGGCAACACAAGUUUCAAAUGAAGUUGAUCCACCAUCUUGUCGCAAGAAUGAGAUUUUACCCCGAGAUUAUCAUAAAUCAACAGCUGCUCCACUCCCUAGCUCAAAUGAGUCAAAAAAUCUAAAGCAAAGGUCCAAGGUUUCGACAGAAGAUAUGGAAUGGACGUAG